AGCGGCAGCUCCUUUUAUUUCUCCUCGUAUUGGUCAACGACAGAUCCUGUGCUGCUAUGACAGGGCGGAAAUCUAAGCUCUUGCCGGAGUUCACACAGAAACUCGAAAAGAGUGCUCUAACAGAGGAGAUCCCUGCCAGGAUACAUCACAUCGUGCAUUUACCACUUCCUGCUGCUUCUUCUUCCCCUCCUCCUCCUCCUCCUCCUCCCAUGCAGCAGAGGGCUCACCAGGAUGUCAUAAUGGAUUACUCAGAAUCCCAAAACCUGUCAAAUCUGGACCAACAAAUGUGAUUGUCUUGGUCUGAUGUGAUUUACACACAUGUGCGAUCCUGUCCACAAGUGCUGCCAGUCAUGUUGGAGCCAGGAUCCGUGGAUGAGGGAGUCCUAUCAUGUGGUUCACCGUCGGUCUACGAGCUCGUUCAACCGCCGUAUCUGCGCCGAGAAACACAUGACCUCGACUCAUUUCACGCAGCAACUGCAUUUCCCCGUGGACUGCUCACUGUGCCUGCCGGCGGUUGCCGGGAUCACGUAUGGAAAGCACGCUACACUGUGCAGAUUCCACACUUUUUUGGUAAAUGUCAACUCGCUGGAUAGAUUUUUUUUGUGAUAAAUGAAAGACAUGUGCUCCCUGGAAAUUGAAUUAAAGACCAAAACUGCUGACUCUGUAGAUAGUCUGUCCCCGAUGGGAUAAGAACUCAAAAACUUUAAACCGUAGAAGACUGUGAGACCAAUAAGGCGAUCACACAAAUACUUUUCGGAGUACUCUUCUUCUUCUUCUGCUUCCCGUCUCCCACCAUGCAUUGCCCUGUGAGGAAGAAACGUCCCACACGUGAUUCGGAUUUCUCCGCUAUCGUCGUCCCCUCCAUGUACGGCUUUGGUUACCUUGACUACACAGUGGAAACCCACGCUUCCAGGUCGAUGAAGGUCAUGGACGAGUUCAGGCAGCACGACUUGUUGUGUGACCUUGUUCUACACGUCACGUACAAGGAGAGAACGGUGGACUUCAAGGUGCACAGGGUGGUCCUGGCCUCUUGCAGCCCCUACUUCAGGGCCAUGUUCACCAGCAGCUUCAAAGAGCGUCACGCCUCAGAGAUCACCUUGCGUGAUGUUUGCCCUCAAGUGGUGGGAAGGCUCAUCGACUUCGCUUACACCUCCCACAUCACAGUGGGAGAGAAAUGUGUGCUGCAUGUUCUUUUGGCUGCGAUGAGAUAUCAGAUGGAGGAUGUCGCCAAGGCCUGCUGUGAUUUCCUCACCAAACAUCUGGAACCGGCAAACGUCAUCGGCAUCGCCCGCUUUGCAGAGGAGAUCGGCUGCACGGAUCUGCACCAGAGCUGCCGAGAGUAUAUCAACAUCCACUUCAAUGAGGUGACUAAAGUAGACGAGUUCUUCAGUCUCUCUCACUGCCAACUGCUGGAGCUCAUCAGUCAGGACAGUAUCAAGGUUCUUUGUGAGUCUGAGGUGUAUAAGGCCUGCACAGACUGGGUCGGCUGGGAUAUGGAGAGUAGGGCCCAGUAUCUGCACGCGCUCCUGAAUGCUGUUCACAUCUACGCUCUCCCUCCCAAGUUUCUGAAGAACCAGCUCCUGUCAUGCCCCAUCCUCAGUAAGGCCAACUCGUGUAAGGACUUCCUGUCUAAGAUCUUCCAGGAUAUGACACUGAGGAAACUGCCCCCUCCACCAAACCGUGGAACUCAGCUCAUCUAUGUGGCUGGCGGGUACCGGCAACAGUCGCUGCCUUCCAUGGAGGCCUACGAUCCCAAGAAGAAUGUCUGGCUGAAACUGGCUGACAUGGGCACUCCAUGCAGCGGCCUGGGAGCCUGCACUCUGUUUGGACUGCUCUACACGGUCGGGGGCCGGAACCUGUCGCUCGAAAACAACACCGAGUCGAGCUCACUGUGCUGCUACAACCCGAUGACCAACCAGUGGAGCCAGCGAGCCUCGCUUAACAUUCCCAGGAACAGGGUGGCGGUGGGUGUAGUGGACAGCUGCAUCUACGCCGUCGGAGGUUCUCACGGACCGACACAUCACAACACAGUGGAGAGGUGGGAUCCCGAGUCCAAUCGCUGGUCCUUUGUUUGCCCGAUGUCGGUGGCUCGUAUGGGGGCCGGCGUGGCGGCGUGCGGGGGGGCUCUGUACGUGGCCGGGGGCUACGACGGACAGAACCGCUGGGACUCUGCGGAGAAAUACCAGCCCGACACAAACACCUGGCAGCAGCUGGCUCCCAUGAGCACCAUACGCAGCGGCCUGGGGCUGGUGUGUGUGAACAAUUACCUGUACGCAAUUGGAGGCUACGAUGGGAGGCAUCAGCUCUCGUCUGUGGAGCGUUACAACAUAGCCAGGAACGCGUGGGAGCCCAGGGCCUCGAUGCAUUGCAGCCGCAGUGCGCACGGAGUGACCGUCCACCAGAGACGCAUCUUUGUCCUCGGGGGCUUUAACGAGCAGGGUUUCCUCUCCAGCAUCGAGUGUUACUGUCCAGAAAGAAAUGAAUGGAUGCGCGUCACCGAGAUGCCUGUUGGGCGCAGCGGCAUGGGCAUCGCCGUUACCAUGGAGCCCUGUCCUGGCAGCCUGCCACAACCAGAGGAGGAGGAAGAAGGAGCCUCAUGAGGAGACGACGACCAGAACGUGUUUCCAAAUGGUGCUGCUGCUUUUCAAAAAGUACAUUGAAUAAAAAGGCGUCCAGUAUGAAAACCUGUAUAACUUAUAUACCUCCAUAUACCUCGUAAACCUGCUCAUGCCGCAAUACUGCUGGUGUUUGAACUCUUGGAACAACAACUCUUUAUCUCCUCAUCUGCAAAUCAUCAACAGUGAGUCUGUAAAAACACAAUGAGGUGCUACAGACGUAAUCUUAAACAGUAGUAUUAUUUAUUAUUAUUAUUAUUAUUAUUAUGAUGAUGAUGAUGAUGUUGUUGCUUUUUCUUUUCUUUUUUAAAUCACAUUCAAAGUGAGUCAUUGUCUUUACCUCCAUCUGUCCAGGUGAGCGCGUCAGUGUUUCCUUCGUUUUGUGCCAAUGAGGUUUCUGACACGAGUGCCAUUGUUUGACUUUUUUCUGUGUGUGUGUGUAAAGUUAACCGAAAUGUGUGAAUGAUAAAACAAAAAAUCUUA